AUGAAACAUCUAAAAGAAGAGCAUGAAUACCAAAGAGAGUUAUUGUCAAAAUGCCUGAAAGAUAAUGAGAAUGAUAAAAAUCUUUUGAAAAAACAAGAAGAGAUGAUCAAUUGGUAUGUGAUAAUUCUCAACGAAAAUAAAAUAACAAUCGAAGAAAAUUACAGGAAAAUACAACAAUAUAGGCAAGAGUUAGAAGAAUUGAGGAAAAAUAUCAGUAGAAGAGACAGGAAUAUUGAAGCAUUUACUAAAGAGAAAGAAGAAAUAAAAGUUGAGUUUGAUAAGAAGAUUCUUGAAAUUACAAAUAGAGGGGAAGAAACUCAUAGAAUACAGUUGCAAAAAGUUGAAAGCGAGCUGAAAAAUGCAAUAAUCGCACUGCAAAACGAGCUGAGUUCUUUUAAAUCAUUAUGCUCUCUAAAAAUCGGAACACUUGAAGAUGAAUUAAAGAAGCAGACUGAAGGAAAAAACAAAGAAAUUAUUAGUCUUAAUGGAACAAUAAAAGGUCUUACUUCUGAAAAAUUCAAAUCAGAAGAAAUUAUUGGUAAAAAGGAUAAAGAAAUCACUAAUCUACAAUAUAGAAUAAAUGGCCUUAUGGAUGAGAAUGAAAAACUAAAGUGUGAAGCUGCAAAGAAUAAAGGAAGCACACUAUUUUUGAUAGAUAUGCAAGAAUUAAAAGAAGAAAAUGAAAGGUUGAGUCUUCAGAUAACUAAUUCACGUAAACAACUAGAAACAGUUCAGGUAGAAAUCCAAAGUCUAAAAAAAGAAAAUGAAAGAUUAAAGCUCCAAAUAAGUAAUUUUAGUAAGCAAUCUAGUAAUUUACCUACAAGUAGUAGCAAAGUUAUAGAUAGACCCCAAACUAUGAGUAAUCUAAAAACAGCACACGGAGUAGAAAGCAGCGAGACGAGAAUUACUAGAAAACAAGAAUCUCUUUCUGAAGUGAUAGAAUAUGAAGAAAACGAAAAAGUGGUAGAGGAUCCAGGAGAAGCAAUUAUAGAAAUAGUAGGAAAUUCUGAUCAUUCAACAGGCUAUUGCAUGAGAAUGAUUAUUGAGGCAUAUGAUAACAAUUCAAAAAAAGAUAUGAUGGAAAUUGCUUACAAAUCCUUAAGUACUUUAAGAGAAUUUAAUGAUCCAAAGUAUGAAAAACUUACUAAAAGAAUUGAGCAAAUAAUCAAUAAUGAAGAAGUGGACUUAGAAGGUUAUGCUGAACUUGUGGAUUUUUGUAAGAAACUGCUUAAUGAAUAA